GCCUGCAAUAGGUCCACAGCGACGACCCGAUCACCCCAUACAUGGCUGCAGGAGAGCUGGCGACGAUGCCGGCUGGUGCUGUCCUCAUAUUUCUCCUUCUGGCUGUCGCUUCCGCUGCCUACGACGGCGUCGGAUCGGAGUCGGUAAGCCGGAGGAGCUUCCCCAAGGGCUUCCUCUUCGGGACGGCCUCCUCGUCCUACCAGUAUGAGGGUGGUGCAAUGGAGGGAGGCAGGGGACCAAGCAUCUGGGACAACUUCACUCACCAAUACCCAGAUAAAGUUGCCGACAGAAGCAACGGGGAUGUGGCAGUGGACUCUUACCAUCUUUACAAGGAAGAUGUGCGCCUCAUGAAGGAUAUGGGAGUGGAUGCAUACAGGUUCUCCAUCUCAUGGACAAGAAUUCUUCCAGAUGGGACUCUGAGAGGUGGAGUGAACAAACAAGGCAUCAAAUAUUAUAAUAACUUGAUUAAUGAGCUACUAUCCAAAGGGUUGCAGCCAUUCGUGACCCUUUUUCACUGGGAUUCACCUCAGGAGUUGGAAUAUGAAUAUGGAGGGUUUCUUAACCCUAAUAUUAUAAAUGACUAUAAGGAUUACGCUGAAGUCUGCUUCAGAGAGUUCGGAGAUCGAGUGAAGCACUGGAUUACAUUCAACGAGCCAUGGUCGUUUUCUGUCGCGAGCUAUGCUAUGGGAAUUUUUGCGCCAGGCCGGUGCUCCUCUUGGGAGUUGGGGAAAUGCAGCGUUGGAGAAUCAGGAACAGAGCCUUACAUUGUAGGCCACCAUCAGCUACUCGCCCAUGCAGCGGCCGUCAGAUUAUACAAACAAAAAUACCAGGACGCCCAGAAGGGGAAGGUUGGGAUAACUCUAGUCUCAAACUGGUAUGUUCCCUUCUCACGUUCGAAGUCCGACAAUGCUGCAGCGAGGCGCGCUAUAGACUUCAUGCUCGGAUGGUUUAUGGACCCUCUGACGAGAGGAGUCUACCCCCAUAGCAUGAGAAAACUGGUCGGUAAUCGCUUGCCACGGUUCACAAAGGAACAAUCUAAGUUGGUCAAGGGUGCAUUCGACUUCAUUGGAAUCAACUAUUACACUGCAAACUAUGCUGAUAGCCUUCCCCCGUCAAAUGGACUGAAGACUAGCUACAAUACCGAUGCUCAAGCUAAUCUUACCGGUGUUCGAAAUGGUGUCCCCAUAGGUCCUCAGUCUGGUACACCUUGGAUCUACGUCUACCCUCAAGGCUUCCGUGACCUGCUUCUUUAUGUCAAGGACAACUACGGCAAUCCCACUGUCUACAUCACUGAAAACGGUGAGCAUAUUAUCUCUCCCAAAAAAACAAAAGGAAAUAUAUACAAGAACUCAACUGAAGAACUCUUUCAUUCAGGCGUCGGCGAACCCAACAACAAGACCCUCACAAUUCAGGAAGCCCUCAAGGAUUACGCCAGGAUAGAGUACUAUCACAAGCACCUUCUUGCGCUACAGAGCGCCAUAAGGGACGGCGCAAACGUGAAGGGGUACUUUGCAUGGUCACUGCUCGACAACUUCGAGUGGGCGAGCGGGUACACGGUUAGGUUUGGUUUACACUUCGUGGACUACAUCGAUGGGCAGAAGCGGAAGCGGUAUCCCAAGAAGUCAGCACGCUGGUUCAAGAAGUUCCUCAAGCGAUGAUCGACAUGCAUAUAUCUGGCAACCACGCGA